GAAAGAUCCCAAGCGAGCGCGUUUUUUAUCUCUCCUUCUGUUGAACAUUGUUUUCUGUAAGAAUUUUGUUGGGUUUUUUAUCUCCCUCUAGGGUUCUUGAGAUCCUAUCUCGGUCUCCUAUGCUCUCUGAUCUCUGCGAUACAGCUGAAGUAGUGGUUGGAUGGUGAUUAGGGAAAUGGCUGUUCUGUCGGUGGAGUCCUUCCCGCUGGGCUUCCGAUUCCGUCCAACGGACGUGGAGCUCGUGAAUCAUUACCUCAAGGGAAAGAUCACUGGCCGGAUCAAGUCCGAGGACGAGGUCAUCUCCGAGAUAGAUAUCUGCAAGUGCGAGCCGUGGGACCUUCCGGGUGAUCCUCACGCACCCAAAUCUUACUUACUCCCUCUCCUCCUUGGUUUAAUUCAGAUAUAUCAUUGAUCAAAUCGAGCGAUUCGGAGUGGUUCUUCUUCUCGCCGAAGGACCGGAAAUAUCCGAACGGCAACCGUUCCAACCGAGCUACGAAGGCUGGCUACUGGAAAGCCACAGGGAAGGAUCGGAAGAUCAGGUCCAUAUCUCGGGUUCCUACAAUCAUAGGCACUAAGAAGACCCUUGUAUUUUACCAAGGCCGUGCCCCCAGCGGCGUCCGCACUACUUGGGUCAUGCACGAGUACCGCACCACCGAGAAGGAGUUUGACUCAGGAGAGCAGGGUGGCUUCGUUCUCUGUCGUUUGUUCAAGAAGCCUGAAGAGAAGACCCAAAUUUCUGAUAUUGAUGAUUGCACGGAGGGAAAUGUUGGUGAGAUGGAGAGUGGUGACCCCUCUCCUGCUCCUGCUCCUGCUCCAGGCAUGCUUUCACCAGUUGAGAUGCAGCAAGGAGUAGAAGCAACAGUGGAAGUUGUUUCACCAUUGGAUCACAAGCUUCCGGGGUCAUAUUUGCAAGAAAAUUUACAGCCUUUGCCUCCGACCUCUGAUAUGCAAUCAUCGGGUGUCCACGAGUUGCUAGAAGAGAGCCACUGCAGUGAAACUGUUGUUUCAGAUCCUCCUUGUGAAACCCUUGUGGGAAAUGAGUUUGGUCUUCGCCUGGAUGAUUUACCACAAUAUCUUAACCCAGACUUUGACAAGCUUGGUGGAGUUGACCAGGAAUUUCCAGAAUUUGAUUACCAUUCCAAUUCCCCAAGAAUAACUUACACGGGGCAUGCAUUUGAUGCUGGAGUUGACUGGGAAUUUUCGUCAGGCCUCAAUCAAUGUGACAGCGUUGAAGACGACUCUGUCACCGAGUUCUUAGAUGCAGUGCUUUGUGAUCCAUAUGAAUGUUCCCCUGAAGUAUCAUAUGUCUGUAGAAGUCUAAAUACUGAGUUUGAGCCACAAGGUCAGAUUUGUGUCAGCACAGAUGAAACCCCCUGGGACUCCCUAUCAGGCAAAAAGAGCAAGAGAGGCAGUGACAAAGAUGAUAAAGCUACUGUCUUAGAUGACAGCAUAGGAUUUUCUGGUGAAAUCUACAAGCUUCCUGUUUGUUCGAGCACCUUGUCACAGAAGAAUAGUUGUAUUGUUCCUACAAGACAGCACAGGAUUUUGGUGUUUCCUAAUCACAAUUUGAGCCAAAAUGUUUCCUUAAUGGACUCUGCAAGUGCCUUGCAUCAAGAAACGGCCAGGAUGAGCAACUGUGACAAGGCUGGAAUCCAGAUCAGCACUCAUAAUAAUUUACAAGAGUUAGAUUGCUUGAUUGAACCACAAAGCCUGCUGAUGAGACGGUUGCGUUUGCAAAAGUUUGUUCGUAAAGGAUCUGUUCCCAGCACUGAUCAAGUAUUAAGCACCAGAAAUGAUGUGAUGAAAUCAGCUGCCAAUGAGGUUCGAGAAAUUUUGAAGCAUCAAUUCAGUGAAGAACAACCUGUUUUUAGUCGUAUUGCCAGUACCACUUCAGAGGGCUUUUCUUCUCAUGAGAUAAAGUCCUCUUCUCUUGAGAUAUAUGAAAGAAAGUGUUACACUCCAGCACAAGAAUCCAGGAUCAAUGAUUUUAAUCCUAAAUCAAGUUUGAGAACACGAUGGAAGCAUAAGGAUGAUGACAGAAUCAGCAGCCAGUCUUUGGAUGCAAUGGCGAGUAAAGAUGGUUCACACUUUAGUGUUAGAAUAAUUUUGAUUCUGUCGGUAAUACUUUUAUUCUUAAUACUAGGACUAAAUUGGUGCCUAAGGUCCUGAUGUGUGCAUAUGAACGUAAUUCACUUCACAGAAUCAGUUCUUGACUUUGUAAAUAUUGUUGCCUUCCUGCACAUAUCUUCUGGGCAUCUUUGAACAGAAACUCUCCCUUGGCUUUACUGGUGCCAUACUGAAUUUUAUUGCUUUUGUAAUUAAGCUUAGCAGGCCAUUUCAAGAACUACUUUCUAGCAUUUGUAUGCUGUUAAUAUACACCCGAAUUGGCUAUUUUGCUGCUAAUGCUAAAUUCCUGGAUUCUCUGGA